AUGCAGCCCUGGUGGUGGACGGCGGCGGGCUGGCAGGAACCCCAGGACCUCCGCGCGCUGCUCCUGCUCCUGCUGCUUCAGCUGCUGUCGCCGCAACUGGCGGGCUGCUCACGUGCAGAGGAGCCGCCAGGGGCGCCGUUCUCCAGUGCCUUGAGCGACCCGGGCACCCCCAGCACCUCCAGCACCCCCAACCCCACCAACGGGUCUCAACUUCCACCGCAGAGCACGACGGCUUCCAGCACCCAACCCCAGGUGCUGCCGCCGAUCUGUGGCUUCUCCUAUGAACAGGACCCCACCCUCAGGGACCCAGAGGCCAUGACUCGGCGGUGGCCAUGGAUGGUCAGUGUGAGGGCCAAUGGUAUACAUGUCUGUUCGGGCACCCUCAUUGCCUCCAGAUGGGUUCUGGCCGUGGCCCACUGCCUGACUCAGCAUGAUAACUAUACAGUGAUGGUGGGGAGUCCGUGGAUUGACCAGAUUACGCCCAGUAGCUCCAACAUCCUGGUGCUCCAGGUCAUUGUGCACAGAAGGUUCCGGUCCAAGCGGUACUGGUCCUGGAUUGGCCAAGCUAACAACAUCGGCCUCCUCAAGCUUCAGAAGAAGCUCAAGUACAACAAGUAUGUCAGGCCCGUCUGCCUGCCUGGCCUGGACUAUGCGCUGGAGGAAAGUUCCCUCUGCACUGUGACGGGCUGGGGCUCUCCCCAGGUUAAUGGCUCGGGGCCCCAGUUCCAGACAAUUCAGGAGAAGGAAGUUGUCAUUCUGAACAGCAAGGAGUGCGAUGCCUUCUACCACAGCUUCUCCAGAAUCCCCUCUCUGGUUCAAAUCAUCAACUCCCAGAUGAUUUGUGUCAAGGAUGGCAGCAGAGAGAAUUUCUGCUAUGAGACAACUGGCGAACCCUUGGUCUGCUCUUUGGAGGGCACGUGGUACCUGGUGGGAAUGACGAGCUGGGGCCCGGGCUGCAAUAAGAGCGAGGCCCCACCCAUCUUCCUGAAAGUCUCCGCCUACCAGGCCUGGAUCUGGGACAGCCUCAUGGGGAAGUCCCUGGCCCUGCCCACCCCAUCCAGAGCCCUGCUGCUGGUUCUGCCACUGCCCCUCAGCCUCCUUGCCACUCUGUGA